AUGGCCAAAGCCAAAUCCACCAAGGCUUCCAAGGCCUCCAAGGCGAACGCCACUCCCCUCAAGGCAGUCAAGGCUGGCGGUGUCACCAAGGCGUCGCAGACUCCCAAGGCUGUCUCUAAGGAGAUCGCCAAGAGCGCUGCCAAGGCCAUCGAGAAGAAGAAGAAGAAGCUCAAGGAAUUGAAGAAGGUCUCCUCCUCCGAGGAGAGCGAUUCUUCCUCUUCUUCUGAUAGCUCUUCCGAUUCCGAAUCCGAGUCUGAGGAGGAGAAGGCCCCUGCUAAGAAGGCGUCCAAGGAUAAGGCUACCAAGGUAAAGGCCACGAACGGCAAGGCUAAUGGCAAGACCGCCGCCAAGGACUCGUCGUCUGAAUCCGACUCCGACUCCUCUGACUCUUCCGACUCUGAUGAGGAAAUGACGACACCCAAGCCUGCCACUAACGGCAAGGCCAAGGCUGCGGCCAAGUCUGACUCUGACUCUGACUCUUCCGACUCCUCUGACUCUGAUUCGUCUGAUUCUGAGUCUGAGUCUGAGGACGCGAAGCCGGCUAAGGCCGAGGUCAACGGAGCUAAGGCGACCAAGGCCAAGAGCGAGUCCUCCGACUCAUCUGACUCGUCCGACUCGUCCGAGGACGAAGAGAUGGAAGACAAGCCCGCCGCCAAAGCUGAGGAUAAAACCUCUUCUGACUCUUCCGACUCGGACUCCGACAGCUCCGAGUCUGAAUCUGAGGACGACUCUGAGACCAAGGCUGAGGAGCCCUCCAAGAAGCGAAAGCUCGACGAGGCCGACGAUGACUCCGCCGCCAAAAAGGCCAAGACGGACGGUGAGGCCGAGAAGCCCGCCGAGGGUUCGACUAUCUGGGCCGGCCAGCUCAGCUGGAACAUCGAUGAUGAGUGGCUCUUUGAAGAGUUCAAGCAGUGCGAGGGCCUUACUGGUGCUCGCGUCGUUACCGAGAAGGAGUCCGGCCGCAGCCGUGGCUUUGGCUUCAUUGACUUUUCCAAUCCCGAGGCCGCCAAGAAGGCUUUGGACGCUAUGCAGGGCAAGGAGAUUGACGGCCGAGCCAUCAAGCUUGAUAUCGCCCCGGCUCGCAACGAUGGUGGCAGACCCGCUGGCAGCGAUCGUGGUCGCGGCCAGGAUAGGGCCAAGCAGUUCAACGAUGUUGUGAGCCCCGAGAGCGAUACUCUCUUCGUCGGCAACAUUCCCUUCGGCAUCAGCCGAGACGAGGUUUGGGAGUUUUUCAAUGACGGCGUUGAGGUGAAGAACGUCAGGCUGCCCACCAACCCCGAGACUGGUGAGCUCAAGGGUUUCGGCUACGUCGAGUUCGCAUCCAUUGAUGAUGCCAAGACUGCUUUCCAGUCCAAGAAUGGUGCCUACUUGGGGCCUGGACGGGCUGCUCGUGCUCUCCGCCUUGACUUUGCUCAGGCCCGUGCCAACGAUGGUGGCUCUCCUCGUGGAGGAGGCCGCGGAGGACGGGGUGGUGGCCGUGGAGGUCGCGGUGGCUUUGGCGGUCGCGGCGGUGGUGGCCGAGGUGGUGGUGGUCGAGGCGGCUUCGGUGGUCGAGGAGGCUUCGGUGGCGGCCGCGGUGGCCGUGGCGGUAGCCGCAUCGACGCCGGCGGUGCUGGCUCGUCCGAGAACAAGAUUACCUUCGACGACUAA